CUUGGCAGAGGGCCAGUUAUUCUUGGGUGGACUGAAAUUGCUCACUACGGAGUUUUGUUGAGCACACGCAGGCAGGAGGAACUUAAUGGUCGUCUAGUUGGCUAACUAGAGAAGUUAUCUUCGGAAACUCAAACCAAAACCAUCAUGACUUCAACUAACAUGUUUCAAGGGUUGGAUGAUGCUGCAAAAACCAGUUCUAGGGUGUUGCAGCCUCCUGGAGGUGGUUCCAGUAACCUGUUUGGUGGCUAUGAAGACAAUUCUGCAUCACCAAGAAGAUCUGGCAAGAUGGCUUCUGAUAUUUUUGGUCCACCAGAGGCUGCUCAGAAUGUACCCAGGCGCUCCAAUCCUCCAGGUGGGAAGAGCAGUGGAAUAUUCGGGGAUCCUGAUCAUCCAGCUCAACCACAGAGAACUGUACCUCCAGGUGGACAGGCCAGCAACAUAUUUGGGGCUGCAGAAAGUGCACCUACCCAAAGCUCAAGCCGAGGUCAUCCAAAUAAGCCAAAGGACAAUCUAAUUGUUGGACCUGAACCUGAACCUGAACCUGAACCACCAGCUCCUGAAGCCAAGGUCAGCCAUCCUGAGGUGAAGCAAGAAACUGCUCCCCCAGCUCCCAUGCCAGCUAAGGAAGAACCUGUUGCAAUCUCACCCCCUCCAGUGCCUGAGCCCUCUUCUCCAUCACCUCCUGAUGAGACUUCAUUGAAGAACCACGAGCCUCACCUGGGACCCAGGCCUCGUUCUCACAACAGGGUUCUCAACCCACCUGGAGGAAAGUCUAGUGUGGUAUUCUACUGAUGAUCUGAACACACCACUCGUCCCUGUUUGUGUCCAUACACUCUCUGUCUGCUCCCCUGUUAAUCUUCUCUCAUUCCAGCACCCCUCUCUCCACGAUUAUUUCACGUCUACAUCUAAAUAGACCAGGAAUUUUUGUUCUUCCCAUCAUAUUCCUGCACUUUUAGUCCUCUUUCCAGCUCCCAGCUUUUUGUCCAAAUCUUCAUUUUCUUCUUCACUGAAACCUGCAAUCAUACACUCACCAUCCAAUCAAUCUGUACUGCUGUUCAAUCUCAGUACUGUGGUAAAUGUAUUCACUGCUUCUGUUUACAAGCAUGUCUAAAUUUAGUUGGAGGCACGGUUUGUUAUUUUAAAAACGGGUUUCAAGACACAUUUAGAUGUUGAAAGGAGCUUUAAAUAGUUGUGCAUUCAAAUGAUCUACUGUGACUAAAAUCCUCACAGCAGAAAAUUGCUCAGAUUUCUUUGUAAGCUACAUUGUUCAUAGACAGGAGAAGAUACCUAGAUCUUGCAAACAAUGAAAAUGUUUUUUUUGUUUUUUUUUUAAUAUAUAUAUGUAUAUGCUGCCUAAUCCUUAUUGGAUGACUACAUGAAACCUCUUGUUUGGCAGUUAUUGAAUAUAAUGCAAGUGUUGGACAAUGACUAAUGGCAGUAUAAUCAGAAGCCUUUAUAUGAGCUGAGCAUUCUUUCUGGCCUUGUCCCUGAUUUAAUCACAUCUACAUCAGUGAUCUGCUGUCAGAGCACACACUCGGUUCAGGGAGAGAUACCAAAAAUUGACCUUGAAACAAAGAUGGAUGAAUGCACUUAUUUAAUCCCAGAUGUUUCUGCUUCCUAAAAGAAAAUUCCAUUCUGAUUUAAUGUGAAUGUAUUGUCCAGGUACUUUCUGCUUUGUCCUCAUUGCUUUAUCUGAGAACAUGCCUUUUUUUUUGCUUGGGGUAGACCUCUGUUUAUGUUUUAAAUUAAAACGGCUGAAGACAAGUGAACUCUGGACACACGCGUGGCCUGCCUGAGUCCAUGUGGGCUCAUUGAUAAUCACCUUUUCACCCACUUCAUGAUGCACAUUUGUGGUAUUCUGGUGCCAGCCUGUCCCCUGCGUGUUGGUGUGCCUGGCAGGCAAUGAGUGUAGCAGAAGACAGAAAUCCUGUGUAUUGCAAUAAACUGUUAUUUUGCAUUUUGA